AUGAAGAAACAAAAAAAUAGAGAGGUUGCUAGAACCAUUAAUAUUGUUAAUUCCACUGUUGGUGUAGUUGGUGAAAAUAGUGGAAAUGUUAUAAUCAAUGAUGUCAAUAACAAGAGAAAAGCCCACGAAUUGGAGGAAGAAAAAGAUAAUGAAAUAGAAGAAGAAACCAGUGUUUAUGCUGUAAACCCUUCAUUGCGAUCGUUAUAUCCGUAUAUUUACCAAGUUUAUCGAGGAGAAUCUGUUGAUAUCAAAGAUAUCAAACCUAAAUACUGUGGAAAUACAUUACAGGAUAUAAUUUAUAAGCAUUGCUAUGAAUUAUUUACAGAGUACAAGAGUAUGUCUAAACUACAAAGGUCAUAUUACCAUUGCAAUUUGUCGGGCAUCAUCAACUGCCUACAUAUGAACAAUAAUUCGCUUACCAAUCACAUUCCAAAAAAAUACAUUGAUAAAGCUUUCAGUAAUAAAGCGUUAAAUGUUGAAGAGGUAGACAUUCGAAAUCACAUUGCAUAUUUAAAUAAUGCCUACAAGGACGAUGGAAUUGAUGGUUUAAGAUUGGCCAUUGCGAAACGAAAGUAUGAAAUGAUGUUGGGUAGAACAUUUCAAGAUGUUAUGGUAGAUGAAGAAUACAUGAUUUUAGAAAUGUUCGAAAUAAUGCUGAAUGAAGUUGCAUUUGGCGACUGCAAGAAUAAUACAACGGAGAUCAAUUAUUUGAACUAUUGGAAGAAUGUGCUGGCUGUUACUUUUCGCGGCAAAGGAAUCAAGUUAAGAAUCGGAGAAAGCACGUCAGCAUCAACUAAAUUCGACAGAAUGAUAAACGAAGUAGAAUUUGGAGAAACCUCCACCUAUAUUUCCGGCAGAAAAAUAGAUUUGAUUGUUGAAACAAAGUCAGUCAAUACGAAAAACAUGCCAAUCACAAUUGAAUUAUCUAAUGCGGAAUUCAAGAAAAUGGAUGUAGAUGAUGAUUUUAUUACAAUCCAACAAAAUAAGAAUAUCCGUACCAGCAAGAGUAUACUAUCAAGUAUCUUUAGCUUGAAUUCUGGUGAACCAGUAAUCGGUUUGGAUUUUGUCGGCCUUUCUGGUUAUUUAUUUAGCGCGCAAUAUCUUGAAAGUGCCGUCUUUAUAACUAGAGAAGCCGACGUUUACCUCCCUGGCGAUACUGUAGAUUUCGAUGAAUUUAUGGAUAAUUGUGAAGAAGUGUUAGCGCUAAUUUUUGCUUACAAGAAUUAUAUUGUAAAGCAAGCAGGAGCCAUUGACCAGAAGUGCCGCCUUUUACGAAGACGAAGACUGGUGGCCAGCACAGAAGACAGCCGGGAAUAUCUUCCUCCCACCUUCUACUCUCCAAAACGUUGA